GCCUGGCUUGCAACAACUGCCGCGAGGGCUACUACUCCCUAGAAGGUGGAGCUUGUGCGCCCUGCAGCCCGGGAGACGUGCUGCCCUUCAUCCUCACUGGGAUCUUCGCGACCGUCGUCGUGAUUUUCUUGUUCUCCUCUGUCAAUGCGGACCUGAAUCAGCAGUCGCUGAGUAUCGUCACCGUUGCCGCGAUCUUCAGCCAAAUGGUCAUGGCCAUCCAGGCACUGGGCUCGAUCCGGCAACUGUCAAUCAACUGGGUGGGGCCGGUGCGCCACUUGAUCGACUUGACCAGGUUGUUCACCUUCGACUUUGAUAUCAUCCGCAUCUCUUGCCUUGCUGGCCAGGAUAGCCCCACUGUGAAGUUUGUUUGCCAACUGCUGGCCUUCCCAAUGGGCUCCUGCCUGAUCCUGGUGGCCUGGGGCAUCACAUGGCUCUGGGGUCGGAAAGCAUCGUUGGACUCAGUUUUCAAUCUUAACGGCCUGUUGAUCUUCGCGCUCUUCAUCACACUCGCCUUGGCGGUGUUGCGCCCCUUCCAGCAUCAGCAAUCCAGCACCCCGGAUGCAAUGGCGUGA